AUGUCACCACACGCGAUUCAAGACAAAUCAGUUCCGACGGGGACGAAUAACUGGUGGAAAGAGGCCACUGUGUAUCAGGUAUACCCGGCUUCAUUUUACGACUCCAACGGCGAUGGCUGGGGUGAUAUCCCAGGUGUGGUCGAGAAGGUCCCCUAUCUCCAGUCGCUAGGUGUUGAUGUUGUGUGGCUGUCGCCGAUGUACGACUCUCCAAUGCACGACAUGGGUUAUGACAUCUCCGACUAUGAGAAGGUACUGCCUGCAUAUGGAACUGUACAAGAUGUAGAGAAUCUGGUUGAAGCUUGUCAUUCGCGAGGCAUGAAACUUAUUCUCGAUCUUGUGGUCAACCACACCAGUGACCAGCACGCUUGGUUCCAGGAGAGUCGGAGCAGCAAAGACAACCCAAAGCGCGACUGGUACUUCUGGCGCCCGCCCCGAUAUGACGAGGAUGGAAACAGGAUGCCGCCUAGUAACUAUAGGGGUUAUUUUGCCGGAAGCACGUGGACUUGGGACGAGACAACAGAAGAAUACUAUCUACAUCUUUACGCCAAAGAGCAGCCUGAUCUCAAUUGGGACAACAAAGCCACGCGUGAAGCUAUCUAUAACAGUGCGGUUCGGUUCUGGUUGGACAAAGGGGUGGAUGGUUUCCGAGUCGACACAGUGAACAAGUACAGCAAACACACGGACUUCCCCGACGCCCCCAUCACAGAUCCAAAAAGCUACAUUCAGCCCGCCAUCGAAAUGUGGUGCAAUGGACCCCGGAUCCACGAGUUCAUCCGUGAGAUGUACGAUGAAUCAUUUGCUCCUUACGGGGAUGUGAUGACCGUUGGCGAACUGGCCAAUACGCCAGACCCGAAGAAUGUGCUCGAGUAUGUGGGCGCCUCGGCCAAGGAGCUGAGCAUGGUCUUCCAUCUGGAUAUUGGACACAUUGGCAUGGGGCCCAGUCUGGAGGAGAAAUACAUCUUUACGCCGUGGAAGCUGACAAAGAUGAAAUCCAUUGUGGAGAAAUGGCAAUCUUUCAUUGAAGGAACCGAUGGCUGGACCACAGCCUUUUGCGAGAAUCAUGACAACGGACGUUCUGUCUCCCGCUUUGGUUCGGAUGCACCUGAGUUCCGAGAGAUAUCUGCCAAAAUGCUCGCUCUGAUGAUGGUUAGCAUGACUGGAACUCUGUUCAUAUACCAGGGCCAGGAAAUUGGUAUGAUCAACGCCCCUCGUGAAUGGCCAAUCGAGGAAUACAAGGACAUCGAAGGACUAGGGUACUACCGAGAGGCAGAGCGACGGGUUGCUAGCGGUGUUGACCCUACACGCAAAGAUCGUAUCAUGGACGGUCUUCGGACAUUGGCUCGUGAUCAUUCCAGGCUGCCUAUGCAAUGGGAUGACUCUGCCCACGCUGGAUUCACUACGGGAAAACCAUGGAUGCGUGCUCAUGAUCUUUACAAUGAGAUCAACGUGAAGAAGCAAGAGAAUGAGUCGUCGAGUGUGCUGUCGUUCUGGAAAGAUGUUUUGCGACUGAGGAAAGACCACCGUGACUUGUUCAUCCACGGUGCAUUCGAAGUCCUUGACUAUGAGAACCAAGAGACAUUCUGCUUUGUGAAAUCAAGGGGUGAGAAGCGGGCAUUGAUCGUGCUGAACUUCACUACUAACCCCCAGACUUUCACACAAGCGGACAAGACUGCGGGUAUGAAGUUGCUUGUGGGCAACUAUCCCAGUUCAUCUUUGGAGACCCUAGAGCCUUUCGAAGGGCGGAUUUACAUUUGA